AUGUUCAAUAAUUUUAUCUUAAAAAUUAUUAUUAUUUAUUUAAUUAUUUUAUUCUCUAUUUUUAAUCAAAAUAUAAUACUAUCUAAACAUGUAUCAUCAUUAAAUAAUCAAAAUAGUGAAAUAUUUAUGAAUAAUAUUAAACAAUUAUCAUUCAUUCAUUCAAAAGAGGUGAGAAGUUCUGAAAUAACACAUCAUAUUAAAAAUGCUGGAAUUACUUAUACACAUCGAAUAAUUAAUGGUCAAUGUUGGAUAAAAUAUAAUAAUAGUUUAUUAGCUGAAGGAGAAAUAUUAGAACAUAGAAAAAAACUAUAUAAAGUAGAAGAUUGUCUUUUGGAACGUGCCUAUCAUGUAUGUGGACCAAAUAUUCUCGUUGUAUUAAAAUUUGUUUGUCGACUCGCUAAAAAAUAUACAGAAGCAACAUACAAAACAGGAACAAGCUCGCCUUUAACAACAUUUUAUCGUCAUACAAGAUCUGCAAAAAUCCUAACAGAAUCAUGUUGUCGAAAUAUAUGUACAAUACCAGAAUUAACAAGAUAUUGUCCAAGAAAAAGUUAA